UCCUUCUUCACUCCGCGCACUCAAUUUUGCUUCACAGUGUGUUGCAUGCGACAACUGGAGCUGCGUGCGAUCGCGUAAGAUCGCUGUAGGUUGUAGACUUCGAACGCCCCGCGGUGCUUCGCAUCGCGCCCUGGUAUCGGUUCCUUCUUUUAUGCUACCGCGAUUGGAUUUCCAGAGCUUUUGAUCGUUGCCUCGAUCACUUCUGAAGUGGAAUGGAUUCUAGAAAGCUGCGAGCAUAAGGGGAAUGGUAGAAGGGAAUGUUGUAAGGUUGUGUCUCAGGGUUUUUGAGAGCGCAAAUGGAGGCCUCUGCAAUGAUGUUAUGGUUCGGGAAUUCUGAACAUCCCUCGAAAGUUGUGCAGGGACCUUCAGAGGACCAGAAGAGACCUUACUUGGAGCAAAGCAGGGUUAUCCGUGAUUCAAUGAGGGUCAGCACCUUGUUUUCCAAUUGAGAAAGAGUCAGAAGUCAGGAGUUACACUGGGGUUCGAGUUGAGAAUCAAGCAUGGCAAUUUUCAACAAAUUGAAGCAGCUCGAUGCUCACCCUAAGAUUAGUGAAGAUUUUUACAGCCGAACUCUAUCUGGCGGUGUUAUCACGCUCGUAUCUUCCAUAUUCAUGUUUCUUUUAUUCGUAACAGAAUUUCGAAUAUAUUUAAGUGCUCAGACUCAGAAUCAGCUGGUGGUGGAUACUUCACGAGGAGAAACCCUUCAGAUCAAUUUGGACAUUACAUUCCCGGCAUUGGCGUGUUCCGUUGUCAGCUUAGAUGCAAUGGACAUAAGUGGUGAACUGCACCUUGAUGUGAGACACAAUAUUUAUAAGAAAAGGCUGGACGUACAUGGAAAGGCUGUCGACGCCCCAAAACCCGAUGCCAUCAACGCUCCCAAGGUCCAAAAGCCGUUGCAAAAGCAUGGUGGAAGGCUUGAGGACCAUGAAACUUACUGCGGCUCCUGUUUUGGCGCUGAAUCAUCAGAUGAUCAAUGCUGUAACUCAUGUGAAGAGGUGCGAGAAGCAUAUCGCAAAAAGGGUUGGGCCUUGACCAAUACGGAUCUAAUUGAUCAGUGCCACAGAGAAGGUUUUAUUGAGAGGAUAAAGGAGGAAGCUGGGGAGGGUUGUAACAUCUAUGGAAAAUUGGAAGUGAAUAAGGUGGCUGGAAAUUUCCAGAUUGCUCCAGGAAAAUCCUUUCAGCAAUCGGCUAUGCAUCUUCUUGAUCUUAUGGGAUUCGUUACCGACAGCUUCAAUGUGAGCCAUACCAUUAACGAGCUCAGUUUCGGUGCUUAUUUUCCUGGAGCGGUGAAUCCUUUAGACAAAGUGACGAGCAUACAGAAGGACCAAAAUGGCAUGUUUCAGUAUUUCAUCAAGGUCGUGCCUACUGUGUACACUGACAUAAAAGGCCGCAAAAUUUCUACCAAUCAGUUCUCUGUGAUGGAGCACUAUACAGCUGGAGACCAUGGCCCAAGAGUCAUUCCUGGUGUAUUCUUCUUCUAUGAUUUGACACCCAUCAAGGUGAAGUUUACAGAAGAGAGACCAUCGUUUCUGCAUUUUCUUACGAACGUGUGUGCGAUUAUUGGAGGUAUAUACACAAUAGCGGGUAUAGUCGACUCUUUUAUUUACCACGGACAUCGAGCAAUCAAGAAGAAGAUGGAGCUAGGAAAGCUCAGCUAAUGGGGUUUCUUCUUUUUCAGGUCUCGGAAGGGUAGAACGAAUUAUUUUACCGCAGAGAAAUUUUCAUGAAAACCCUACGAUGGGCAAUCAAGGACAUUUAGGAAGCGAGGUGGUUUUCAUAGCUGCGCUAGGACCGUCCCAGUUGAAAUUGGAUGCAAUUUAAGAGCGGAAUUCCAGCAAUUCCAUGAAACAUGAAGGUUAUAUGCAGAUUUUUCGUACUCCGAUCUCGCAGUGGUGAACGUAGCUUGGUUUGUACCGUCUAUUCCGAGACAGUUUUCAUCACGCAUGAUAGACAGAGUGAGACUUGUGAAGUUUUGUUGAAAUGACGGACAAAUUUGUACAAAGGACGCAAGUCAAACGUGUGAAAAUGUCUUAUGCAGGUGUACACAAAUUGGUUUGAUGGUCUAUAUAAGUAGUUAUUGCGGUCUAAGCCACAGUUCCCACAGGCUUGCUAAUCUUACGAACUGUUCAGUCUAUGGAUUUCUAUGCAGCUAUAUUUGGGGUUUCACUGGAGAAUUAAUCACAAUCCACGAGGUCUAAUAGAAUCAUGUUGAACCGAU